CCUCCAGCCUUUUCCCGCUUGGGUCUUCGCUGCUGCCACCACAUGUUAGUUUCCUUCUCGAAACUGCGAUCUUCCAUGCUAUUCACGAUGACGCGCCGCUGUCAACCACACGACUUCAACACCACCCACCGCUCCAACCCACAGAUAAAUUUCUUCCAGCUCGACUGUCACAAUCAACUCCAAGUUCUCCGACUGCUCAAAAUUCAUGUGUAUCACACAGUCCCCGUCAGAACAAGCCCUUAUCCGGUAACACCCGAACGCCCUUGUAGUUGACUCUCUGUGCACCAAUCUGUCUGCCUCUUGCUCAAAUGGAAUUUCUCCCAGUCAUAUCCGUACGGCCUGGUUGCUUGCUGGUCGAAGGUCUAUCGCCUAAACCGCUCACUCGCGGAGGUACAUGGCCCUCCAGCCACUCGCCCCCGGUUGCUCAUGUACCUCCAAAUUAACACCAACCCCGCCAAGCAAGGGGACCAUUGAGACUCAAGUUUCUCAACUCCCUUACCCAUUUCCUACGACCUGCGGCAUACGGGAUUGGGCAUUGAAGAGAGGGUACGGAGUAUGCAGCCAUGCCAUUGAAUUUAUUGAUGACAGGCAGGCGCGGCCUACGCAGUAUGCAUCUGCAUCUGAAGGGCAAAGCAUGGAAUGCAGGCGCAUCAAGCUCGCGGGGGAAAGCGAAAAAAGCGGCAACACCAUGUCACCAUGUCCAUCAUCAUUCGGUUCCUACGCCAACUUACCACAUCCAGACCCCUUCCCUCCUGUCUGGACCGCCGUCGUGACGGAAGCGGGACGAACCCAAAGUCAGGGAGGAAAAGGGAGAAGCCGCCGUCACUCACAACGAGACGUUGCCAUGCGGACAACGGCUCGGCCAGCCUGCGAGGCUCUAGCAUCGACGCACCAGGCCGUGAGGUAUCGAUACAUUACCGGCUGGGCAGCCAUGCGCCAAUUAGCAUGGAACGCCCUCUCCUAGGCCUGGUAUUCGCACUUUUCAAGUACACGAGGACCC